GUUGUUUUUCUGGCUGGGGAAAUAGGGGAAAUAAGGGGGGGGGGGUGGAUAUUGUUACAUUGUGGGAUAUUUUGUUGGAAUAAUACAAUGCAUUAUGGACAAGAUAAUGCGAGAAUACUGCGGCCGAGUCGUGAAAUUUGAUGUUGGUUUGGUGGUGAUUUGGGUGGCUUUUGCGUUGGGGUGGAUGGGGUUUGUGAUAUUUUUGUCGGGGUUUAAAUGGACUUUGAACUUGAAGGCCUGAGAGGUGUUUGACUUGGUGAGAAGGAGGGUUUGAGGGCAAAGUUUUGGAGGGUUUAAGGGGCAUUUUAUGUGUCUGAAGCUCCUUCUGUUGAUCCGCAUCAACCUACGCCCCGCUGACGGCCCGGCUUCUCGCAAUGCUAAUCGUGAGCGCCGUGCGAGAAAGGGUAGCUUGCCGCAAUGCUUGCUGCUGCAGCGCCGAGGAGGAUGAGAGCGCUCCUGCUGAGGAGGCUGACGGUGCUUCGACCGCCGUCUCUGUGGACCAGGAGGGCGUGGCUGCCGAGGAGCCCUCUGCAGACAGCGUCGACAUCUCCACUCCCGCCCCUGCCAACCAGGCACAUACCAGUCCCACCAAGACUGUAAGAACUAGGUCUUGAUGUUGGGUUGGAGUCGAUUUGGAGUUGGGUUGUAUUUGAGACAUGUUCAUCCCAGCUUUUGAAGAGUUCAUCCCAACAUUGACAUUGCCAGUCGUAAGGGGACGCUGCCGAGAGAGACAGUGUUAUGAGGAGACGGUCUAGGGAUUUGUUUGUGGACGCUUAAGGUUGAUUUGGAGACUGCUUGAGAUUGGUGUGUAAACGCUUACAAAUUGGUCUAAGCUUGAGCAAACAUGGUGGGCAGAUGAAAUUCUUAAACGCAAGGAAACGCUGAUUUUUGUGUAAUAUCCUUGAGUGAAUGCUUUGUGUAUUGGUGUGUAGAC